AUGACCUUCUUCAGCUCGAAUCGCUUCUUGUUAACUGUCCUCGUUGUAGGUCUGGGAACAGCAUGCUUUGCAGUCCCCAUUCUUCUCGGACGAGUCAAAGAUGCAGCCAGAGCGCCGCCGCCAGACCCGCCACCCCCGGCCAAGCGCCUCCAAAAGGACUCGGAGAACUCACUGAAGCUGGAGACGCUGCGCACGCUCGCAGACGGGUAUAGCUAUGAUCUACGCACGUCAGCCAUCAAGAUCGUGGCGAGUCGCACGGUCAGAACCCGAACGAGGGAUUUGUUAUUGCACGAUCUGGCCAGCGAAGAUGACGGCCGGCGCGAGAAUGCUAUUAAUGCUCUACACAUGCUUCUCACCCAUUCGGCACUAAAUGAAACAGUCUGCAACCACUUUCGAGAUCCAAAGGCCAUCAAGGCCAUUGUUCAUGGCUUGAUCAAUGUGCUGCCGCAGCAUGAAAUCAAUGUUGACCUGGAAGCUGGUAACAACGACCAGUCCCACGUCUCGGCGGGAGGGAAGAAAUCGCCGCCGCCAUCGCCUAUCCGCCCUGCUCACCGCCCCGCACAAGAAGCACAGUUGCUCGAUAUCUUCACCAUCGUGGUUCACGGUCUGUCGCGGCGCGACAUUAAGUAUCCGCCCGUCAUGGACGCCGCCUUGGACGCAGGGCUGGUCACCAAGUGGCUAGCAAACUACCCCUUUCCCUGUGCUUUACCGGAGAACUCCGAAUUCAAUUUCAAGCGAGACGAUGUGGCGAGGUUGUUUGACCGUAUGGCUUGGCUUUCCGACGAUCCUGUCAUGGGAGACGUUAUCCUUGUGGUGAUGCAGUAUGCUCGCGCCAGGAGACAGAUGCGUGAAGUUGGGUUGAGCGCCAGCAGUUACAAAGAAAACAUGUCCACAGGCACAGGCCGCAGCGAUUCGCAGGCAUGGAAUCAGGGUUGGGGAUAUGCGGGCCAGUGGCAGGACGAGGACGAAGAUGCCGACGAAGACAACGACGUGAGAAUGGUCAAUGGCGAGGACACUGCAGGGCUACUUGUUCCCGGGAACCCGGCGGUUGCUUCUCAAGACAACAUCACUCUUUGGGACGACGAGCCUACUGCACGAUCGGCAAACACUACGAGGGCCGCCACGAGACUAAGGUCGGCCGAGAGGAGUCAGGAAGAGGAGCAUUUGAGAAGGCGGCAUCGGGAAGCGAUCGUCGUCGCCGAGCGAGGCACGCCUUUGAGCAGGGAGAACAUCUUGCAGAGAGCUAACAGCGAGAUUCUGCAACCCAUGAACGGCGUCAGCGAGGUUGAAGGCGAACUGAACGGUCUCUUGAACCUGUCCGAAACUUCUACGGAACCUCAACAGGAGGAAGAGGCUUCUGAUCUACCUACCGCUGCCGACACAGCCGACAUCGUUGAACGAGAUUCUCCCUCCGAGGAUCAAGUGUUAAAGGAGGAGCAGGAAACGAUGGUGGAAGACACGGCGGAGGAGGACGAGGACGGGGACGAGGAGGAGAUGAAUCGCGCUCAAAGACGGCACCGUGAGAUUGAACAACUGAUCGAGGAAGACCCAGAGAUACAGGGCACGAGCGAAAUGAGGUCCCGGCCCGAUGAUUCGAGCGCGGAAGUCGUCGAAGACGUGAUCCCAGCCACUACUGCUAUCUCUAUGGUGGACGACGAUGGUGGCGCGGAGGAGCAGGAAGACUCGUCUUGA